AUGGCUGGUUGGGAUCACCACCGCAGCGGCGGUGUCCUUGUUGGGCGUGACGACGACAAUCACAACCCCUCUCCGACAGACCAAUUUCUGAGACUGAUCCAGAAUCCCUUCAAGACGGAAGUGAGUAUAGGCCACUCCACUCCUUCGACUUCCUUUUCAUUGCUCUGGAGCUUCGCUGCUUCUUAUCUCCGUGUUUGGAACAACCACCGCUGUCCGAAUCGCCUGCUAACGUCCGCUCUCUGUUUUGGCCAGUUCCAAGUCAAUGCUUUCUGGGCUUCCCUCGCAACCUCCAUCGGUCUCUCCCUCUUCCUCACCCUCCUCUUCUCCAUCUUUCGACCCCAUCAUACCGUUGUCUACGCCCCCAAGCUCAAACAUGCCGACCAGAAGCAUGCGCCUCCGCCCGUGGGGCGAGGCAUCUUCUCCUGGAUCAAGCCCGUCGUGAACACGCAGGAAGAGGAUCUGGUGGACCGGAUCGGGCUCGAUGCCACCCUCUUCUUACGAUUCGCCAGGAUGUUGCGCAAUAUGUUCCUCGCUCUCAGCCUCAUCGGCUGCGCCGUCUUGAUCCCCAUCAACAUUAGCCAGAGCAGCGGCGCCGUCGCCCAGGGCUUUUCCGCGUUUUCCACCAUGACCCCGUUCGCUGUUGAGGUUGCGGAGACGCUACUUUCAGACCCCGGAGUAUCAGAUGAGCCUCCAUGCCCGAACAUUAAUGGUCACCGAUAUUCCUCCCGGUCUCCGCACCGAGGAGGGCUUGAUGCGCUUGACGGACGAGGUCAAUCCCACCUCCACCCUGCCUCGAGCCACCGUCGGCCGCAAUGUCAAAGAGCUCCCCGCUUGAUCAAGAAGCAUGAGGAAGCUGUCAGAGCGCUCGAAUCAGUCUUGGCCAAGUACCUGAAGCGCCCGGACCGUCUGCCUGCGAAACGGCCCACGUUGCGUCCGCCUCGCAAGCACCGAGGCGACCAUUCUGGUGAAAAAGUGGAUGCCAUUGACUAUUGGACCGAUCGUAUCCAGCACUUGGAAAUGAAGAUCAAAGACGUGCGACAGUCGGUCGACAAGCGCAACGCCAUGCCCUAUGGCUUCGUCAGCUGGGAGGACAUCUCGCAUGCCCAUGCCGUCGCCUAUACCGCGCGCAACAAGCAUCCCCAAGGAACAACCAUCCGUCUGGCCCCGCGGCCCAACGAUCUGAUCUGGGAGAAUCUAUCUCUCUCGCCUAGCAGCAGAAAAAUGAAGCGUCUGAUCAACGUCUUCUGGGUCAUGCUGUUGACGGUGGUAUGGAUCGUGCCCAACGCCAUGAUCGCUAUCUUCCUGUCCGAUCUGUCGAACCUGGGGCUUGUCUGGCCAGCCUUCCAGACCUCUCUCAAUGCGAACAGCCGCAUCUGGGCUGCGGUUCAGGGUAUUGCAUCUCCCGCAUUGACGUCCCUGAUCUAUCUCAUCUUACCCAUCAUCUUCCGCCGUCUUCUGGUCCGUGCCGGCGACGUGACCAAGACCUCGCGCGAGCGCCAUGUCGUCCACCACCUCUAUUUCUUCUUCGUUUUCAACAACCUGAUCGUCUUCUCGCUGUUCUCGGCAGCGUGGACGUUUGUCUCCGCCGUCAUUGAUGCGAAGAAUCACGACGAGAGCGCCUGGCAGGCCAUUCAGGAUGGCCAGUUCUACACCAAGAUGGUGAACGCUCUGUGCCAAGUAUCGCCCUUCUGGGUCACCUGGUUGCUCCAGCGGAAUCUGGGUGCUGCCAUCGAUCUAGUUCAGGUGGUCAAUCUGGCGUGGAUAUGGUUUAUGAAGACUUUUAUGGCCCCGACCCCGCGGCAGAACAUUGAGUGGACGGCCCCGCCUCCGUUCGACUAUGCCAGCUAUUACAAUUACUUCCUCUUCUAUGCGACGGUGGCACUCUGCUUCGCCACGCUGCAGCCCAUUGUCCUCCCGGUGACGGCUCUUUACUUUGGCGUGGACGUUUGGAUGAAGAAGUACCUCUUGAUGUACGUGUUCGUGACCAAGACAGAAUCAGGGGGCCGGUUCUGGCGCAUCCUUUUCAAUCGGGUCUUGUUUGCCACCAUCUUCUCCAACUUCGUCAUUGCUAUGGUCGUCAAGGCGAAGGGAACCUGGACGAUGGUGUACUGUUUGGUUCCGCUGCCCUUUUUGCUCUUGGGGUUCAAAUGGUACUGCACGAAGACGUUCGACCCCGAUAUCUUGUACUAUAAUCGCGCGAACUUGAGCGACGCGGAAGCUCUCGGCAGCGGUAAGGGCUCCAAACGCGCUGGCGAUCGACUCAAUUCGCGAUUCGGGCACCCGGCUCUGUACAAGCCCCUCCCGACGCCUAUGGUACAUGCUCGCGCGGCGGACGCGCUGAAGCAGAUCUAUCGCGGCCGUCUGGGGGCCUCCGAUACCGUGUCCGAUUUCUCGGACAUCGCCAUGCAAUCCAUGUCCAAGUCGCAGCCCGGCAAAGCGAUCGAGGCGCCGGGCCCCUUUGAGGUUGUUGCCGAGAAUCAGCUCGACUUUUCGUAUUUCAAGGAUCGAGCUGAUUUCCGCGACGAAUUUGGCGGUGGGAUCUAUGGCCGCCCGGACGAUCUCAUCUCGGAGCGCUCCCAGACCCCGAAGACGUUGAUUAUGGGCAACAGCUCGCCCAGCUCGUCCCGGGCCUCGUCACCGGGGGCUACGGUCAUGCGGAAACCGCUCGAGGGCUUUGAUCUGGGUAUGGGAUAUCCUGGACCGCGUCCCAACGAUGCGGACCAUCCGGCCUUCCGGCCUCCUGUGUCUCGCGGCCCUAGCCCACCAAACCUGUACCAACAUUCCAACGAGAGCGAAACGCAACUCUUGAACAACGCCCAGCCCCCAGCUGCUGGAGGAGCUGGACAACCCAACACUCUCGACCGAUGGCGAACGGGAGGGUACGGGCCCGUUGCACAGGAGGACGAGCCCAACUUUUCUUCGCAUGACUAUUACCGAGGCCGACGAUGA